UCCUUUUAUGGAGACCCUAGAAUUGGGGCCCCCGUCUGCCAGAACGGAAGGUUGCAGAACCCACAGGAAAGAAUGAUGCAUCCCCCAACGGUCCCCUCUGGCUACACCUCCCCCUCCCAUUGAACUCACACCCUGGCCUCACUCACCACACCCCACCUCUGGGCCUCCCAAGCCUCUCUCUCACCUCUUACAGGAAGCCCCCUCUGGUGUGGAGGGCUCCGAGGGCAGGAGGUAUGGAAACGUCUGUAGAGACACACUCUACCCACCCAAACCACUGACAAUGUGACACCUCCAGGGCCCUCCCCCCACCAUAUACUGUGAGGAGAACCUCGAGGGGUGGGGGGCGGGUGCCGAUGCAAGCCGGGAAGAGAGGAUGUGUGACGAGUCAGCCGCCACGAACUGGGUGAGACCAAACUAGUCUGAUCUGAAGGACCACAGGUCCCCCAGCUGCCCCAACUGCUUGACUCUCCCAGGAGUCCGGGGGGCAGAGCUUCCUCCUUUCUCAGAGACCCAGGAAUCUGGAUCACCAGGCUUUUCAUCACCCGGGACCCAGAAACCCAGCCUUCGCCCCCAUGGAGCCCUGCCGGUCCCUGGCCCUGCUCACUAGCUCCCUGGGCCUGUUGUCUCUCUUGGUGGCUCUGAGCACGAAUUUCUGGUUUGUGGCCGAGGGGCCCAGCUCCUCGUCUCACUCGGGCCUCUGGCCAAGGGGAGAUCAGGGCUCAGUAGAAGGCUAUAUCCGCGUGACACAGAGCUUCUGCAUUCUGGCUGUCCUGUGGGGCCUGAUCUCUGUGAGCUUUCUGGUCAUGUCCUGCAUCCCUUCACUGUCUGCCGCUGGACGCGGCCCCAUUGUCUCGACCUUCAUAGCCUUUGCCGCAGGUAAGGACUCCGGGCUGCGCUUGGGGCGCUGGGACCUGGUGAGUUUUCGCGGAGGGGCUGAGCCAUCCUUCUUGUCUCCGUCCCCAGCCCUCUCCCUGCUAGUGGCCACAGUGGUCUACACUAUCGAGCGGUGGAAGCAGCCUGGACACCCCCAGAUCGACUCCUUCUUCUCCUGGUCCUUCUACCUGGGCUGGGUUUCAACUGUCCUCUUUCUCUGUGCAGGUGGCCUGAGUCUGGGAGCUCACUACAGGGCCCACCGGCCUGGCUAUGAGGCCAUGUGAACCACAGGACGGCUUUGGCGCUCCAUUCUCUGAAGGCGUCAUCAGGAACCAUGAAGACAGCUGGCUCUCCUUCUUGCCCUGACUCCCAGCGUCUGCAAGCUCUUUCCUUUGUGUCUUCAUUCAUUCAAUAAAAAUUUGCUGGGA